AUUCACCAUCCAGUAUUGUCUGUCAUUUCUCUCUCUUCAUAAAGCUCCCUCCCUCACUAGUCUCACUGAUCUAAACCCUCAAAUAAUCGGAGAUCUGCCACCACCAAGAAACAAAAUGGCGAAAUCCCAGUUAAUAAUACAUCUCUCCUUUCUCUUAUUUAUAUCCACGUUUAUCCCGCCGACAACAUCAUCUUCUACCGGAAAGCCGGCGCCGGCGAACUCAUGGAUCGGCUCAAAAUACCAGAUCGAAUGCACAAUGUGCUCUGCCUGCGACGAUCCUUGCAAUCCCCCUGCUGUUAUAUACUCUCCUCCUCCUCCACCACCAUCUCCAUCUCCUCCUCCUCCAUCAAACCCAUCUUUAAAUUGUCCCCCGCCGCCUUCUCCCCCAAGCUCCGGCGGCUAUUACUACUCUUCUCCACCGCCGCCUUAUCAACAAACCUUUAAAUACUACCCGCCGCCACCCUUUGGUAACUAUUAUUACUAUCCACCUCCGAUGAGUGGGUAUUAUCCUCAUCCGCCACCGCCGAACCCAAUCGUGCCGUACUUUCCGUUUUAUUUUCAUAACCCACCUCUUCCUUUAUCUAAUGUCGACGGGUCUGUUCAACUGCAGAUAUGUUUAAUUCACUACGUCAUUGCUUUGUUUGUUGGGUUUCUGUUAGUCUACUAACCAAAUUGAAGUGAUGAAAGGUUUUAUAAUAUGGGAAUAAGGACGGUGAUUUGCAGAUCUACGUGUGUCGGAGAUCAGAAGCGACGGCUAUGCUUUUUCGCCGGAAAAGAGGUUACUACUUUUUCUCUCUUUCUAAAGUAAUUUGGUGAAAAGUUGGCUGGUUUUUUUUUCUAAUAGGUUGUAGGGUCCAAAAAUUUCCACUUUAAAGCAUUAUUGGCUUUUUAGUUGUAUUUCUUCCACUUUAGUGUCAAUUUUUGUAUGUAAUUUGUAAUUUAAAGACUUUGUAAUCAAAAGGCAAUUGUCUAUUUAUAUAGAACGGCAUCAUCA